GGAAAAUGGCACCACGCAAACGAAAAGUGGUGGUAGCAACGGGCAACUCGCCGGAAAAGGUGAAAUACUCUACCGCGGUCAUACAGACGCUGCUGAGCGCACAGCAAACUGAAACCACGCACGCCAAACUGGUGAAGCAGCUGAAGCGACUGUUCGCGACGGUAGGGCACGAUUCAUUCGUCAAAUCCUUCAUCCAGGUGAUCAAGCGUCAGAUGGAGCACGAUGAAUCGAACCCGUACGCGAACAAUGUGCUCAAGUUUUGUGCCAAAUUUUUGGCCGAUCCCGAGUACAGCGGACAAACAGUUACGCAUCCGAUCAUGGCUUCAAUCUUCGAUUGGUUGCUCAGCACGAUCAGCAGCGCACAGUCGGUUCGGUUUCGGAUCUGUCAGCUAGUAAACCUGAUACUGAAUGCGCUCGGGACGGAUGCCGCGCUGGAUGAUUCCAUUUGUGACAAGAUUUUGCGGUACAUGCUCGAGAGGAUACGGGAUAUGUCGCAGCACGUGCGGGUGCAGGCCGUGCUGGCGUUGCAACGUUUGCAGGAUCCAAACUCGCCGGAGGAUCCAGUGGUGCGAGCGUACAUUUACCAUCUGGACAAGGAUCCCUCGCCAAAGGUACGGCAGACGAUCAUCACUUCGCUGGGACGCAACUAUCGAUUGAUUCCUCACCUGCUGGAUCGGCUGUGGGACGCGGAUGAGCGUGUGCGGCGCCACACGUACAUGCAGAUGAGCAGCUACCCGGUACGACAGUACAAGGUAGAGCAGCGGCUGAUGUUUCUCGAGCAGGGACUGGGCGAUCAUUCCGAGGCGGUGCGCAAGGUGAUGCGGAACGUAAUGAUCCCGCAGUGGGUUGAAUCGUAUCAGCGGGACUACGUUGCGUUCGUGGAGGCCCUCAAGCUGGAUGCGGACGAUAAGGAAAUGGACCGGUUCCGGAAGACGGCCAAAAUGGUGCUGAUGGAGAUAUUCAACAAAAAUGGUGUAGAAGAGAUGACACGGUUGCUGAAGUUCGGCGAGGACAGUCAAGUGGUUCCACUGUCGGAUCUAACGAUAGAGCGGGCAAUUUGUUGGCAGGCGUUGCUAGAGUACCUGCAAAAGAAUGAUCCCGACCGGCUGGAAGAUUACAUGAUCGAGCUCAGCAAGUUUUGUGAGUAUCUUAAAGCGUUCGUGGCUAACCCCACGUCGGCCGCAUUUAUGAAGAGCACGAACAUGAGCAUCAUGAGCAGCCAAACGGCUUCGCCGAGCCAGCCAACCGAGACGAUGGAUAGGCUGCAGCAGCUGUACGUACAGUACAGCCUACAGAUCCUGCUUGAAAUCGUGCUAAUGUACGACUUUGGGGACGAAUUUGGACGGGAAAGCCUCAAGCUAGUGCUGUCGCAUAUCCUUUGCCACGACAAUCUGUUCGAAACGAACGUGCGUCUAAUAAUGGCCACGUUUGAGAAGCUGAUCACGGAUGUGGAAACGCGACUAAACUUCUUCGUUGAGCUGGUAAGCUCCGUGCUGGAACCUUCACGACAAGAUGUGUCCAACAGCUCGCGCCAGCUAGUGGACUCGUAUCUUGACAAGCAUCCGGAGCUGACGAAGCUUAAGCUGGAAGUUUCCGAACUGCGCGUAAAGAUCCUCGAGUUGAAGGAGCAGGAAAGUGCGCUGUCCGCCCAGAAGGAUUAUGCCGGUGCGCAGCAGAUAAGCGAGGAGGUAAACGUGUGCCUAGAAAAGUAUGCCAAUCUGGUGAAACCGCUCUUAAACGAGAUGUCCCAGUGUACGACGAACAGUAGCAGCACUCUCGGUAGUGAGGAUGUUAGCAGCGUGACACUGAUGUUCCGCGAUUCGAUGCUAAAAUCGCGCCGUGUGACACAAGCCACGGUGGAGAAGUGUCUGCAGAUAUGCUUCUAUCUCGUAAACAGUCCAUCGGUGCGCGUUCUGACACCGCCCGUGUGCAAUCUCUAUCCGACGUUCGUCAGCCGGUAUGUGCAAUCGGGCCAACUGUCGACGCGCAACUGGGCGCUCCGGACGUCGACCGCUUUCAGCAUGCUGUACGAUGGCUUGAGCAAAGAAACGUUCCAGCUCCUGUACCAACAGUUCCUCAACACCGCCUCAUCGCGCCUCUGGAAAACGGCCAUCGAGUGUGUGUUCGAGCUGCUGGACAAGUACGGCUUCGAGUACUUCGAUCUGGAGAACGAAGACGCAUCCAGCAAGGAUGAUUCGCGCACGAACAAAAGUUCCCGUCAGCUGUUCAAUCGGCACAAUAGCAGCUAUCAUGACGAUUCCCUCAACGCGUCAUCCUGCAAUGGGAACGAGUUUUACAAAAUGUCCGUCCACUUUAUGGAUACCUGCAACGAUAACGUUAUCUGUGCCGCCAUAAUCGAGGGCUUCUGUCGGUUGAUUUUGCGCGGCAAAUGUACCUCGGCGGACAUAAUGUCGAAGUUGCUGUUGCGCUACUUUAAUCCCACCACUGAGCCGGAAAUGCAGCAAAUGUUGGGCAUUUUCUUCCAGCGCUUGAUCAGCCGGCGGCGCCAGGAGCUCAUGCAGAAGGCACUCAUGAGCACGCUCUUCCUGGUGCUGGAAGCACCGAACGAAAGCCCACUGGCUGAGGUGCGGCCGGAAACGGUGAUAAAGUUCGUGGUCGACUCGACGCGACCCGUUUUCUGCAAUCCGGGCGUUAAUCCGCACAACACGAUUGCGGCAUCGUUUUUGCGCGUGAUGCGGGACAACAUUACGCUGAAGGAUCUGAUGAAGCUGCUGAGCAAAGAGUUGCUCGGGCUGGACAUUAAGGAUGAUCCGGGACUGCGGGCUGAUCUCGCGAAAACAGUGGAAGAAAUCCUGAAGGAACCGUACCUCGAUCCAAAAACGAUCAAACACUUGAAUACUUUCCGGGAGCAGAUGUUGGGCAAGAUCGUGGAGCCGCUUACAUUCUCUUCGUCCCGUACGCCAGUGAGCGAGAAGGAGGACGAUGUGGGAGAAGUGGGUGAGGACACGGAGGAAGCGGCAGCGCCCGAGAAAGGGCAAUUGGACCCGACCGGAGAGGAUGAAGAGACGGAGCAGGAGGAGAAUGAAGACGAAGAGCAACGGUCCGAGGAGCGGAUGCAGAUUAACAAAUCGAUCCUGUUGGAAGAUUCCGAUGCGGAUCUGCUUGCUUCGCCGAUGAAGGAUAACGGGUCGGGUGUGUUGUCUCCGGUCAGGAUAGACCGUCCUGGUACAUCGGAUUCGGGUGUUAAAUCGCUCCGACGCUCGCUGCUGGGUGUGCGAUGUUCGCCUAUACUGAAGGACCCGUCUGGUGACGGGAAGUUUAAGGUUCCCGAUGCGUCAACGUUGCGCAAAAUGCAGGCAGCUUCUUCUGCACGGGUCAGGGCAGCAUUUGGCACGUCAAAGGUGGCCGUUAGCUCCGCAAAGACGAUAAACUCUGGGGAGGAAGAUUUUGAAAUUCCCUCCACACAGGAGGUGCGAAGUUCGGAGGAAGUCAUUUCUUCAACGGACGAGGAGGACGAGGAAGUAAUUCCCGCAACACAACCCGCUGCCAAUGAAUCGCUACGGCGGAUGAAUUUCUCCGGUAAGGCAUCACGUUCUCGAGUGAUUCGGAAAAUACAGAUUCGUAAGCCAUCAUCUGUGUCGUCACCCUCUACGCCUCCUCCCUUCUCCUCAUCCUCCUCCUCCUCGGAUGGUGAGGUUGUUGAAGGAUCGCCCAACGUUACGGUAAGCCGCAUCAAUCGUUCCGUAAGACCGUUAAAUAAUGUAGCAGCCAAAACACUGCUCGAACGCUCAAAACUCUUCUCAACGGCCGGCACGUCACCCCGUGCCACUACACGUCGGACAGCUCGCUUGGAGGCGAUAAACAGCAAAGUUAUGACGCGAAAUUCUCUUUCGGAGUUGCAGCAAAGCUCCACCACCGUUGGGAACAAAUCUAUCAAAGCCAGCAGCAAAGAAAUAAGACCAUCCGCGUCACGUCCCACGAAAAAUGCUCCCGAACCCGAACAAACAUCCACCGUUCCGGUUGCUGCCACGACGGCGGUGGUACCGUCCUCUCCAAAAACAUCCUCCCGAGCCUCUUCUCGGCUAUUAGCAGCGGCUCCGUCCAACAGCGCUUCACCGGGCAAUAAACGAACGCACGAACGGCCAGCGAUGGAUGGUAGGAGAAAGACGGUCGCAACUGCCGGUGGUGGGACAGAGAGUAGCAGCGGCGUGUCUACCUCGAGCCCGGUACGAUUGAAGCGGGCGGCCAUUGUACUAACACCUUUGAGUGCUCCACGGCGGACGAAAGCGGCAGCCGAUGCCGAAACUGUCGCUACCUCACCGAGACGUCCGAAUCGAAAAGCUUCACGAACGGAUAAAGCGUAA